CUCAUUUGCUCUCCUUGAACUUAAACAGUCACUCCCUGUCCCUGCCCAGUUGCCUUUCUCCAAAACCAGCACAUAAACUUUAGCUGAGCAAGUCAAGAGUGAACCUAAAGCUUCCACCUUUACGAAGGGGUCGUUAAAAGAAUAGCGCUGCAAAAAGGAACUGGACUGACAGGCAUAGACGCCCAAGUAAAUAGCGAAGCAGAACGGGGGGAAAUGCAGUCUACACUUGCCUUUUCGUCCUCCAAAAACAUAGGAUUCAAGCCACACGCAGCAACUACAUUUGAUCGGUGCAUUCCACCAUCUGCAACGACAAUCUCACAUCAACUCUUCACAGACUCGUCUGUUAGCUCUCUGCCCUUCUCGCUUAAAUCCGAUUCCCGGCCAAAGCUGCUUCACCCAGCAAGCAAUAAGCUCAAGCUUCGCCAAUCGUCGAAGAAUUCAACGGUUGCCCGCUGCGGCAUUUCAUCGAACAGUUCGGGAGCAAAUGAGGGAAGCAGUUUCAGAGGGUUGGUUGAGGCUGCCUCUGAGGCGAUUUCGACGGCAUUUCCGGUAUGGGUAUCGUUGGGUUGCUUGAUGGGACUCCUAAAGCCGGCUUCUUUUGGUUGGAUUACCCCCAAAUGGACCAUCUUUGGGCUUACCCUCACUAUGCUUGGUAUGGGUAUGACGCUUACCCUGGAUGAUCUCAGCAAUGCUAUGGCCAUGCCAAAACAGUUGUUUGCUGGGUUCCUGCUCCAGUAUUCGGUGAUGCCAUUAUCAGCAUUUCUUGUGAGCAAGAUCUUAAAUCUGCCAUCCCAUUAUGCUGCUGGACUAAUAUUGGUUGGCUGCUGUCCUGGUGGGACAGCAAGUAAUAUUGUUACCUACAUGGCACGCGGGAAUGUGGCACUUUCAGUAAUGAUGACAGCGGCAAGCACUUUUACAGCUGUGGUAAUGACACCAUUUUUAACAGCAAAACUAGCUGGCCAAUAUGUUGCAGUGGACGCAGCAGGAUUGCUAACAUCAACCAUGCAGGUUGUCCUUCUUCCUGUACUGGCUGGCGCCUUUCUAAAUCAAUAUUUUCAAAGCCUGGUGAAGUUAGUCUCUCCUUUGAUGCCACCUAUUGCUGUGGGGACUGUUGCUCUUCUCUGUGGAAAUGCAAUUGCCCACAGCUCUUCUGCAAUAAUGAUGUCAGGCAAACAAGUGGUGCUAGCGGCAUCUCUUCUUCAUGCAUCUGGCUUUUUCUUUGGGUUUGUACUUUCUAGGAUCCUUGGAAUUGACACGGCAUCAGCAAGAACCAUUUCAAUUGAAGUUGGCAUGCAGAACUCAGUGCUAGGAGUGGUUCUUGCAACUCAGCACUUUGGCAAUCCACUCACUGCAGUACCUUGCGCAGUCUCCAGUGUUUGCCAUUCCAUCCUUGGCAGUGUCCUUGCCGGAUUCUGGAGACGAGAUGUGCCAUCACAGGACCAGGAUUAAUGUAAAAAAGCUUUCAUCUUCCGAAGUCAAGCUUGAUCCAUAUGCUCAGCAAUCUUUGGUUACAAUGUCAAAGUCACAAUCUUUGCUGGUUUUGCUUCAGUGAUCUGCUAGUGCUUUUUGUGUGGUAGUUUAUCAGGUAUUUCAUUUUGUUGCCCUAGAUACCAUUCCAGACAGCACCAGAAAUCCAGUAAAUGCACUCAAUGCAUGCCAUUGCCAGUCCUUUUACAGUUUUACAAUCAAGGAAAGAACAAAUUCUGGCAACUUCAAUAAUCUUGAUGUCAUGUA